AAACAGCUCACGCACAUUGCAUUAAUCACACUACUAUAAAAUCCAAAAAAUGCAACAAAUAAAGUAACAUUUGAGUUUUUCCUAUCCAUCUAAAGUCAAACACAAACACAACCCACCAAAUAAUGAAUGAUCAGGAAGAAGCAAAGGAUCUAAUCAAUGAAUUGCCAGAUGCUGUUCUUCAUUUCAUUCUCUCAAAAAUCCCAACCAAACAUGUUAUUACAUCCUCUUCUGUCUCUAAAAGAUGGGCAGAAAUUUGUGCACAACAUCUUGAGUAUGCAACCACCUUAGAUUUUGGUGAAGAAUUUGCCAAAAAUCAGACACCAAAUCAGUUUGCUGAUAACAUUAACAAAAUCCUUAACCUUAUUAAGUCUGAGAAAAUAUUCAAGUUCAAGCUUUUAUUCAGCCCGCGAAAUGAAAAACACAAAUCCAAUGCGAUAGAUUGGAUUAAGUUUGUAACAUCUAAGGGUGUUGAACAGAUUGAACUCGAUUUCUGCAGACAUAUUCACAUUCAUUUCUUGUCGCGAGCACAUAUUGUCGGCAAAAAAGAGGCUUUCGAGUUGCCAGAUUUUCUUUUCGAUUGCAGCACACUGGUAAAUGUUAGGCUUAGCCGGUGUAUUUUAGCCCUGCCACAGAAUUACACAGGUUUUCGAGGCGUACACACACUCUGCCUAAAAGAAGUGCAUAUUACUGACUGUAUGCUGCACAGUCUGCUGUGCAGCUGCACACUGCUAGAAGUUCUGGCUCUUAAAGAAUGUGCAUCCUUAAGUUCGAUCAGGAUUGUGUCUUCUGCGCGUCUUAAGAGGCUGACGGUUUAUGAAUGUUUUAAUGCAUCAGUGAUCGAGAUUUCUGGCCCGAUGAUUAGGUCGUUGUUGAUUAGUGCUGGGCAUUUAGAUGUUUGUAAAAUGGAAGAUAUGUUGAUGUUAGAAGAGGUGUUUAUUGGGACUAGAGGGGAUGAAUUUGGUGGUGUUUUGUAUCUUUUCAUGAAGGUUUUGCCUGAUCUUGCACAUGUUACAGCUCUUACCUUAUACCUUGGACACCUUGUGCCAAGUUUGAUCAAAGAUUUGCAAGUAAAAUUCAACAAUUUGCUAGAACUGCAGCUGGUAAACAGUCCUCUAUUUGGACUGUUCAACUCUGAUGUCUACUGUUUUUUUAGGCACUGCGCUUGCCCUUCUUUACAGAAGAUCUACAUAGAACUCUCAACCGUCUCAGAGGAGGAAAACUUCGUAUGGGAAUACCGGAAGCCUAACGUGGUGCCUGUAAAUUAUGUGUUUAACAAUCUUAAAACUGUGACACUACGAAACUUUCGAGGGACAAUCUCAGAUAUUGAACUUGCUGCAUAUUUCUUGCAAAGAUCCCCUGUUUUGGAAUCAAUCAUCCUUAUUGCCCCACAAAGUCUGAAUGCCAAGAAAUCAGCUGGGCCUGGAAAAGAACAAGUUUCUGGUUCAACAUCAUCUAAGCCAAAUCAGACUAAUAGGGGGAUGCAAAUGGAUGUACAUGGAAUGCUUCGAUAUCGUCCUAAGGCAUCACCAACUGUUGAGAUUACUAUUUUUGAAUUUGAUGAAGGGGGUGAUCAUUUGUUAAGUUUCUAUAAAUGGCAUUAUGUUUCUGAUGUAUACUGUAAAUAAUUUGAAAAUAAAAUUAAAAUUAACUCAACUAAAAAACUAAAAGAUUAAAUUGAUAGUUAAAAUUAUGAAAUAUGUCAAAGCAACUGAAUUUGGGAUAUAGUUAUAGGCAUUUUUGUACAUGUUGGAUUUUGUAAGCUUUAUAUCUGUCGCAAGUCUUGUAUGAGAUUGUCACACGAUAAGACGAGCCCAUACAAGCAGCCAUUAGUAUAAAAACAUAAAUAAAAAUUAAUAAAAUUUGAAUUCAUACUUGUACAGUAGACAAUUGUUCUUAAUAAUUUUGACUAACCCAAUUGAAUUUGUCUCACUGUUAGACGACUUCAAUAAAGAAUUAGUGUUAUAAUCUCAAUACUUUGUACAUUCCUCAGAUUUUGCGACAUUUAGAUUUCUCAUGUGAGAGUUUUUGCAUCAAAAUAAUAUGAUAGAGAUGCUCUUAUUAGAGACUGUUUUUUGGUAAGACGACCUCAAAACAAGAAGUUUAUAUACUAAUAAUUUGUAUUAUUAAGCCACUUAAUCCAUAUAUGAGGCGCGUUUCACGGACAGACUAUCUCAUACAAAAAUUAGUGAUAACUUACAAUGAUAACUUACAAUUUUAAAAUGG